CCUCUCUCUGCAAACCUAUCGUCCAACCUCAUUUCCACACAGCACAAUGAACUCUCUCACCCACUAACUAAAUCCCAAACUCCCCACACUUCCUCCGGAAGCCCCCCACCAACCCACCCAACCUAUCACCACGCCUGCAAACACCAACCCCAAAAAUGAACACCAUCGACGCAACAGAGCACUACUCAACCAGUGCCCACGACCGACCCCCCUCCCUCCUAACCGUCAUCCUCGACACCAACCCACACGCCUGGGCGCAACUCAGCAACCAAUCCGCCCUCCCGCUCUCGACCGCCGUAGCCAACAUCCUCGUCUUCCUGAACGCCCACCUAGCCUACAACUACGCCAACGAAGUGGCGGUGGUGGCCUCACACACCCAAAAGGCCACAUGGCUGUAUCCGGUCGCCUCCCCACCACACACCCAAACCCAAACCCAAGCACAACCCGCCGACAGCGACGGCGACACGCCCAUGCACCCGCAAACCCAAACCCACCACCGACCGCCGCCCACCACCGAAAUGAACAAAUACCGCCCCUUCCGCAUCGUCGAGGAGCAGGUCACCCAGAACCUACAUAACCUACUCGCCGGGACGACGCCGGCGGAUUUAUCAGCGACAACAUCCACCCUGAUGGCCGGGGCACUCACGCUGGCGCUGAGCCACAUCAACCGCCGGACGAUCGCGUGGGCGGAGGCGCACGGCGGGGAGACGGAUCCCAACAGCAGUAGCGGCAGUAGCCACACCACCACCACCACCACCACGAACGCACCCGGUGGCGGGGCCGGGUCCGGUGGCGGUAGCAAGGCGAGCACCGAAGCCGGGCUGCAGUCGCGCAUCCUCAUCCUCAGCGUCAGCAGCGCCACCGGCGCCGCGCACCAGUACAUCCCCAUCAUGAACGCCAUCUUCGCCUGCCAGCGCCUCCAGAUCCCCAUCGACGUGUGCAAGCUCGCCGGCGACGCCGUCUUCCUGCAGCAGGCCGCCGACGCCACCAAGGGCGUGUACAUGGCCCUCGCCGAGCCCCGGGGCCUGCUGCAGUACCUGAUGAUGGCCUUCCUGCCGGACCAGCGCUCCCGCCGCCAUCUCAUCCUCCCCACGCGCGUCGACGUCGAUUUCCGCGCCGCCUGCUUCUGUCACCGCCGCGUCGUGGAUAUCGGGUUCGUCUGCUCCAUCUGUCUGAGUAUCUUCUGUGAGCCGCUCGAGAAAGGCGAGUGCUUGACUUGCGGGUCCGUGUUGGAGAUGGGCGACUACGGGGCCAAGCCGGCCGUGGUAGCCCGGAAGAAGAAAAAGAAGAAGGCUCGUGGCCCGGGCAAUGGGGCCUCGGCGACGCCUACACCCACGCCGACACCUGGUCCGUGAGGGUGACCAGGACAUGCUAUGGCUUUCCUCUUCGGCAGCCACGAUAUCGCUACCGUUCUGGGUAUACAAGGCACGAAAUAUCUAGAGCAGCCCACGCCACGGGAAUUACUGUAUUAUCUUUGGCCCCUUAGGCUUGGAAAAGUAACUAGGAAACGGAUACACUCUGUUCCUCCCUCUUGUUGCCCGUAUCAGCUCAUCACAUUCUGGCUCUCACUCAACGAAGCAACGAGCGCUCGGUGCCAGGCUAAACCAUGUUUUCGGGAUCUGGUCCACUGGUGGAAGAGCUAUGAGCGAAGAUAGACUUGGAUGUCAACCCGAUACCGAAAUUGACACGAAACAUCGAUCAGGAAUCUGGGUUUGUGGAC